CCGGCGCGCCGAAGUUGAAUACACGUUCACCAGCCCGAGCUGCCAUUAUUUCUCUUAAUCCAGAUUGGUUUCAGUCCUCCUCUCCAAGAGUCCUUUUCAGUUUGUUCGCAUUUUCUCUCUCUCUAAGUAAAGGAUCGAUUCCACCGGUCCAGCCAACCGUCCGUUAGCUCUUCGCAAUUUCUUGGACUGAACUCAUCGUUUAGUCAAACCUUCACUGAUUUCAAUCGCCAAAACAUCAUUUCAACUAGGAGAUUUUCGUGUUUUUUGAAUCUCUCUGUUUCUUGAUCGUCGCUACUACAAGAAUGGGCAACUGUUUCGGAAUCUUCAAGAAAUCCACCUCCGAUAUCGCGCCGUCCGACGACCUCAAAGCAAGGCCGGUCGUCCGGUUGUACGGACCGCCGGCGGGUUUCGCCACGUCCUUUGUCCGGUUCGUGCUUCUCUACAAGCCGGUCACGAUCCUCUUCAUCCCCUCCGAGACGCCCCGAGGCGGCGGCGAGACGCCGGUUCUUCAAUGCGGGAACGAGAUCGUUUCCGGCGCGGGCGAGACGCUGUUGCAGUACGUGGAGGCUACGUUUCCGGAUCCGCCGGUGAUGAGGAUGUCACACGGGUGGUUGGAUGAGACGACGCCGCUGGUGGUGACGGUGGCGGUGCUGCAGCACCGUAGCAUGACGUGGCAUAUGGAGAGGCUGGUGCGGUGGGCCCAGGAUCUGGCGGCGCGUGGGGGGAGGACCCGGCGGGGCGGCGAUCCGGUGAUGGGGAGUCCACGGAUGGAGGUGAAGAAGUUCGGGCGGAGCUACGGUCAGCUGCUUGAGCUCAUGCUCGAGCACGCUCAGAUGGAGGAGACAGUCGUCUUCCCCAUCUUGGAGAAGGCCGAUCCAGGAUUAUGCAAAACCGCGAAUAAAGAACACGCAAGGGAUCUACCGAUGAUGAACGGGAUCAAAGAAGACAUCAAAUCGAUCGGCGUGCUGGAUUCCGGCGACGCCGUCUAUCAAGAGGCUGUAUGCAACCUUUCCGCUCGCCUCCAGAAACUACUGGAUCACUGCAAAGAGCACUUUGUGGAGGAAGAGAGAGAGGUGCUGCCGCUGAUGGAGGCGGCGGUGGAGCUGAGCAGAGAUCAGCAGGAAAAGGUGCUGGAGCAGUGUUUCGCUGCAAUGAAGGGCACGCACUCGCACCUGUUUCCAUUCUUCGUGCAAGGCCUCCUUCCUCGGGAUGCCGUCCACUACUUGGACUUGCUCGUCAGAGCCACCGGCGACAAGGAUCGGGUGGCAUCCAUGCUUCGCAUGCUUUUCGAGCAAGAUCGAUCCAUCCGAUCCGAUCCGAUCCUGUAAUUAAUCACAUCUUCCGAUGAUUAGAGAGUAAUGACGAUGACCGUACGUAGCCACCAUUCCUUUUGCAUCUUCACUGCUUGUAACUGAAGCAAAUGACUGGCCUUGCUUUUUCUUCCCCGUUGCUUGUAGAAAUUAUCGUUCUUUUUUUAA